GAGCGCCACAGUGUCACGUGACUUCUUUCAGUUUCGAGUGUGUCUUGUGUUGCUGUUUGAAAUGGUUGUGCUAAAAGGAAUCCCGUCUAUAUUAACGCCUGAGUUACUGUACGCUCUGGCGAAAAUGGGCCAUGGAGACGAGCUGGUUCUUGCAGAUGCAAAUUUCCCUGUCUCCUCUGUUUGCAAAUCUGGUCCAAUGGAGAUACGAGCUGAUGGUUUGCAUAUUCCAGAGCUUUUGGAAGCGAUAUUGAAGCUUCUUCCUCUUGAUACCUAUGUUUCACAUCCAGCAGCUGUCAUGGAUCUUGUGGAGAGUGACAGGCAGCGGGGUUUGCAAGUGACUGUGUGGCUUCGCUACUCUGAACUUCUGAAACAAGCAGGAUCACAUGGGGAUUUGGAUAAAGUUGAACGGUUUGCUUUCUAUGAACGUGCCAAGAAAGCUUUUGCUGUGGUGGCAACAGGGGAGACGGCUCUGUACGGCAACCUCAUCAUCAAGAAAGGAGUCAUUCCUCCUGGAGAACUGUGCUGACCACUGACACAUACUACAUACUGACAGAGGAACAGAGACAGAUUUUAAAAAAUGAUUGAAGUUUUGCAUUAUACUUACUUUUGCAUAUAAUUAAUAUUGUGCAGCAUAUUGGAAACCUGCAGUGAAUGUAAAUGUGAAUCUGAAUGUUAACUGGAAUGAAUGCUUUGAUAAUAACUUUGUUUAGAAAUCAAGCUGGUAGACAUCAGUAGUCCUCAUGCUACAGGUGUCAGCUGGGUGGAACCAUGAGCUGUUUUCCAACGUUCCCAAAUAUCUAAGCCAGACUUUUUCUUGUGCCAGCCCCAGUGUUGGUGCUACAAAACUGAUUGGAGUGCAGCUUUGCACAAUUACACAGCUAUUAGCGCAAUACUAACCACAUUACUCGUGUGUAAAUUUGAAAAUACAUUUUAAAUAAACUUGUUUUUACUCUAA